GGCGGGGCUGCGCCCGGCGCGGGGCCGUUCCCGCCGCCCCUUUCUGCCCUCUGAUUGGGCGGCGGGGCCUCGCGCUGGGCCGCUCUCCGCUAUAUAAGCGGCGGCCGUGGGGCGGUCGCCUCAUAGCCCGCCCCCGGCGCGGAGCGGCGCGGAGCGGCGGGGCCGCCUCGUCCUCUUCAUCAUCCCCUUCCACAUCCUCCUCCUCCCCCCUCAGCCCAGGAGCGGCGGCAGGGAGGCAGGAUGGCCGAGCUUAAGUCUCUAGCCGGCGAAGCUUACCUGGCUCUGGCCCCGGGCUACGCCCCGUCGCCUUUCUCCUACGGCGGCGCCCAGAGCCCUCGGGGAGCCUUGGCGGGGGGCGGAGGGGCGGCCUUCCACCACCCCGGGGCGCUGGGCAAGGCGGCGGAGAGCAGCGGCGAGCAGAGCGGCGACGAGGAGGACGGCUUCGAGGCCGGGGCGAAGGGCGGCGAGGCCUUGGAGCGGGAGGGCAAGCUGAAAGGGGCCACACUGGGCAAGAAACCCAAGGAGCAGCGCUCGCUGCGCCUCAGCAUCAACGCGCGGGAGCGGCGGCGGAUGCACGACCUCAACGAUGCCUUGGACGGCCUGCGCUCCGUCAUCCCCUACGCCCACAGCCCCUCAGUGCGCAAACUGUCCAAAAUCGCCACCCUGCUCCUGGCCAAGAACUACAUCCUCAUGCAGGCGCAGGCUCUAGAGGAGAUGAGGAGGCUGGUGGCCUACCUGAACCAGGGCCAAGCGCUCGGCGCCCCGCUGCCUGCCACCCUCAGCCCCUUCGGACAGUCGGCCGUCUACCCCUUCACCAGCACGGCCUUGCCCGGCUGCCCUGAGAAAUGCACUGCCUUCACGGGAGCCACAUCCGCCCUCUGCAAACACUGUAACGACAAGCCUUGACUUCUGCCUUCUUCGGGCUUCUCGGGUUUAUUUUUCUUUCUCUUUUUUUUUUUCCUGUGCGCCUUUCUUUCUGCUUGCCACCAGCCCUGGCUUCCUGCCAUCAGUUAAGUCUGGGUUUUUCAUUUUUCUUAAAUCACCCCCUCAUACCUCAUUCGGAGAUGCUCGGACCCAAAACACACCCACCGUUAACUUUUAGUUUCUUCCCCCGUGCAACUCCCUCGGUAGUCAUCUCCCUCCCAGCCUGUUAGCGGACCGUGAGCAUAGUGUUUCUUUUCUGCCUGCUCUGAGCUGCAAAGUUCUUGAGCUGUUUUUAAGCUAAGCUACAGAAGCACAGGGAGGGGGAGAGAGAGAUCUGCAAGUGGAAACCUCAGUGAGUUUUCUUUGGACUGAUUGAUCUGGGUUGAAAACAGCUUAAAAGGAAAGAAAGAAAACCCAGCCCCGAAACUAUGCAAUGUUUCAGAGCCACACGUAAACGAGGGGCUUCAUUUGUAGCCAGACGGGGCUUGCUUGCGCCCAAAAACCCGAAUGAAAAUGUCAUUUGGUCAGCUCCUGGGAGGGAGGCAGUCUGGUGCUCUUGAUAAAGCUAUAGAUGCUUCAGAAUAAGAUGCGUUAUUUUACUCUUUAGAAAAAAAUAAUCUUGAACUGAGGGGACUCUGAUUGUAUGCUAAUGCCUGCUUUUUGCCUGUUUCUCAGCUUGGUUAAGUUUUCCAGAUUUUCCAAAGUCGUUGCUCAUCAUAAGCAAAGCAAAGGUCACUUAACAUAUUUAUAUGUAUUUAUAAUAAAUAAAAGACAUGAAUAACCACUUUCUCUGUCCUACAUGUCUCUAAAACCAGCUGGCAGUCUGAGCAAAGCCCUGCUGAAGUCAGGUAACGAGGAGGUGCUGUAGCAGUGCUUCACAGGGGACCAGUGCUGUGAAGUUAGGUGAACAAUCAUCGUGCUUUAAAAAGCUUGUGGAAAUCCAGCUCCUUCUCAGCAGGGAUUUGUUUUUUUUUUCUCCAUCUUUUCUAAUGAAUUUCAAGCACACGAAAAUGUUUGUGCCUGACAUUUACAGUUAAGGAGGCUGUAAAUGCAUAAGGUUUAGCUUAUGUAUUUAGAUGCUUGCUGGAGAAUGCUUUGCCCCCGGUGCUGGAGCUGCGUUUAAACGGGGCCGCUGUAGCACUGUGCUUAGCUCCGAGGACACCGGUGUAAAACACGGCAGGGAAGGAAAGUGUUUAAAGACUCUGCUCAUCCCUUCAGCUUGGUUUUCUGUUAUACCUGCAGCUUGACCCUAGACCUGCGUGUGGUUUGGGCUGCUUAAUGUCACGGCUAAAUGAAUAAUCUCUUGCCGAGUAUUGACUGCGGUAGUACGAGUUACCAAGUGAGUCCCUCGCCGACCAAGUUUCUGAUGUCACUGUGCUGGUUUACUUUGGGUUUCUGUUUUAUUAUGUUUAACGCUUUGGUGCCUUGUAUGCUUCACUAAUCAUUAUAUAAUCAUAAUUGAGGUGCGUUCAGUGAUUUCUGUUCAGAUAGGAAUACCCACCCCAUGUCAGAGCAACCACAUAAACUGGUACAGUCGCAGCCCGAGGGGCUCGAGCUGUCCGUGGCCAUUUGUGUUAGGAGUGGGGUGUAACUAUUUAGGGUUAUUAAACCAAUUUCCGUGGCUGUCAUUAGUGUUAUGCUAAUUUGAAAAGGACUGCCAUCCCUCUAAAGCUUCUUGUCGGUGGCACUUAAUUUUAAUUAAUACAUUUCCAAAAGGCUUUUUGUGUUUGGAAAAUGAAGUGUGUGAUUACGCUUCAUUCAUAAAGACCUAUGCUUAAAACUGAUUCUUGCUCACUUCCAAUUUUAUAUCUUCAUUUCCUCUUUUUUUUUUCCAGAACAGUUUAUCUGUUGUACCUCUUUCCGUAAAAGAAAGUCUUGAAAAUAUUCUUUAAAGGCAUCUGAUGAAGUGAAAGCCAACCAAAACCACUCCUGAAGCAAAUUUGACUGGAAACUACAAAUCAGCAAAGAGCUGGAACCCAUACCGAGCCCUUCGUGCUUCCUGUUGACAGGAAGGCAUCUGUUUCGGUAUGAUUUGCUCUGCGUUGAGCUGCUGCUAAAACUGCUGCCAAGCGAAUGCCUGAUACUGCUGGAAAGAUGGUUUUGUUGGGAGGAGAUAAACAGGCAUCUGACUACUGCGUUUGUGUGUGUGAAGCAUCAGUGUUAACCUUGCAAAUGUGGCUGGUUAUCCUGGGGAUAAGAUCCCGUGACCUGUCAUUUAUUUUUCCCCAAUGGAAAAAAAAAAAAAUAAUCUAUUCUGUGUUCCAUGUAAGGUUUUAAGUGUCUGGUUUUGGUUGGUGUUUCAGCAGAUAUAAAGGGAGCGCUUCAAAAUGCUGAAACUCCCUUUUUCUUCUCCAAUGUCCUUGUUACGAUUCCUGUUUGUUUUUUAUAAAGAAGGAUUUAUGAUGUAUGCUGGGGUGGAACUGAAAUACAGAUCAUGUGUUCUAAUCUACUUGUUAUCCUGGUAUGUUCAAAGAAAAGACAACUUUUAAUUAAAGAAUAUAUUGUUUUCUUA